AGGUGGCGGCAACCGCUUUCUUCGAGUCCUAGCGCAGUGGAUAGCGUUGAGUCACGCCAAGGACCACGAAAAUUUUCUUGUUGAGCUUGCGAAUCUCGCCACGCAUGAGAACCAGCAAGCAUUUGUUGCAAGCCUUUCCAAAUCAAGAGCAGACCCGCGUGCAUCGCGGCAAGAAGACGCAGCAGCAACAACUUCUGUGUUUGUGUCAAUGUAUGCGCGGGAGAUCUUCCGAGAGCUCUUGCAAAUCGCUCCACAACAGGAGGAUGUUGGAAAUGCGGGAGGUGAUGUGGAGAACAAAGUAAUUGAGACUUCUGAAUUUACGGAGGAGGCCUCCAACUGCCAAGCCGCGUUGGAAGAUGAAGAAGGCGCAGACGUAUACCCUUUUGGCGAGGAAACAGCGUCUGAACGGUUUCCAGUGAACUUGGACCAGAAGAUCCUUCAAGACCUGUGCCGAAAGGUGCGUUCAAAUUCCGAGAGUUUCGAGAAGAUUUUGGAAUUGAUUGGUCGCACCGAAGAAUCAAGAGCCUGGAAAGAUUUGGGUCUCAGCUCUUUUUUUGGAACUUGGGUGGCGCAAAACAGCGGACCCAUCGCAGCUGCUGCAGGGCUUACCACUUCAACUCUGCAUAUGGAGGAAUCGGCCACAGCCUUCUGCCGUUCCGUGGCCUCAGGUGUUUCCCAUGAAUCUAUUGGUCAUGCUGCUUGGAAAAGAUUGACCCUUCAGAGUACGAGGGAACAGUUUGCGCAAUGUUUGACUGAUAAAGAGAUUGAACGCAUCACAGAUGCUGCGUUGGAAUAUGCGAUCCGUCCUGCUGACCGAAAACGAGACGACAAAAGACUGUGGGAACCCUCUGAUGGAGAGGACGCACUUCAGCUCCACCGCGCAGCCGCGUCUGCAGGAUAUUUUCGGCCUCCCCCACAGGAAACAGCCACUGGGCAGGAUAGAACUGAUCUCAUUGACGAGGCGGUGGAAGCAGUAACACAGGCGCCAGUGCUGUUGGAUCUGGCAGAAGCUUUGCGAGAAUGGGAUGUGAUAUAUGGGGCUUUGGGCAUGGGUCUGCCAGAGUUUUUGAGGUCUCGGGAGUGUACCUUGGCUUUGCGGAAGAAGUUGAAGGAUGGAUGCUUGAUGGAGCUCAACCAUGGGACGUUUGUUCGCUUGCCCAUGCCAGAGGAAUGUGAAACUGGUAACAUGGCAGCUGCCAUGAAGGCAGGUGAUGGGCGCGCCCUUACUGCGAUUGUGGUUGCUCGUUUGGUCCGGGAACAGGCUAGAGCGCCAGUUGGACUAAUGACGGAGACGAUCGCAGAUGGUUACCUCUUCAUCGCAAACCCGGAGGAUUUUGUACUGCAGGCAGUUGCAGCUUUGCCGCGACAGGUUGUCAAAGUGGCCAAGCUGGCACUUGACAUCAUUGCAUCAGGGUAUUUACGCUUGGAACGUUCGCGCGUGACACUGGUAGGUGCAGCCUUUAGCCCAGAGAACUCACGGUGCCUUGACGCGCAGAUCGCUUUGAAGAGCUUGGGGCAUCAUUUUGGAAUCGAUGAAUGGAAAGAACGCUCUUGGCAAUCUGUCAAGACUACUGCCAUUGCAGCAACGGGCCCUGCACGACAUUUGACAGAUUUCGAGGAAGCUAUCCCAGAAGAUGCCUUCAAGGACGGCGGGAAGAAGGAAGACCAAAAGGAAGUCAUUGCAGUUGCUUCCUUUCCAAAAGUGGCCGGGGACUUGAAAACCAACGAGGAGCUUUGCUGGCGAAUUGCCGCAAUGAAGAAAGUGGACUACAAUGAUGUGGACUUAGCCAAGCGUGUUUGGGUGAAGGAGCCCGAAGAUGAGGGCAUUCGCGCAUUGCAAUCCACGGUGCAGGGUGCUGUGAAGCGAUUGUCAGAGGAUUUGUACAGUGGCGAGGCUCACUUCUUGUUGGAGUUGCUGCAGAACGUUGAUGACUGUCAGUAUCCUGAAGGUGAGAAGCCGACUCUGCAGCUGACCUACGAAAGCAGGAAAGAUCACUUUGCCGACUUCACCAGCUUCAAAACUUCAUCCAGGGUGAAUGGGCUGCUGGUGGUGGAACACAAUGAAGCUGGCUUCCAGGAGAACAACGUGGUGGCGAUUUGUGACAUUGACAAAUCUACCAAAAAAGCGCGCGAGAAACGCUUCAUUGGUGCAAAAGGCAUUGGCUUCAAAUCAGUAUUCUUGGUGACUGCUACUCCGGUGAUCCAUUCUGGUCGAUUUCAUUUUCACUUUGAUGCCGAUGCCCUGAACGGCUUGGGAUCUUUGUUGCCUUUUCCUUUGACUCCAGUGACUCCAGUAUCGAGACAAACUGGCACUCAAUUGGUCCUCCCAUUGAGCAGUUCCGAAGGACCGCUAAAGAAGCGGGGUCUACGAGCUAGUGAUGUUGCUACCAGAGCUUUGCAAGAUAUGCGGCCAACUCUUCUCCUUUUCCUUCAAAAACUGGAAUGUGUGCAGGCUAUUGACAGAAACAGCGGGAGAACCCGAACCAUGACAAAAGAGGUGCUUGAAGCCGAAGUUGGUGGAGCCCCUUGCCAGGAGAUCAAGCUGAAAUCGGAGGAGCUUUCCGAUGUGCAAGAAGUGAUAGAAGAGCGUUGGUUGGUCUACACUAAGCCAGUGCAGCUUGAAGGCGAAGCAAUCACAGAGCUGAAGCUGGCCUUCCGACUAGACAAGCCUGCAGGUGUGGAGCAAGCCUACGCCUGGUUGCCGCUGCGAUCCUAUGGGUUGCGCUUUCUGAUCCAAGCAGACUGGAGGGUCCCGUCCUCCCGGGAGGCCAUUACAGAGGCAGUUUUCAACCAGAAAAUCCGGGAUCAGGUGCCAAACGCCUAUGGAGAAGCGGCCAAGAUCUUUGCCGCAGCUGCCCUGAAGGCCGCUGGAUUGGAAGAUGCCAACGCAGCAGGAACUGCUUGGAGCCAACUUGAAGAUUGCAUUGAAGCUGCUCGUGACGCACUGGUUCCUCUCUAUACCUCGAUACCGCGACAAGGCGAUGCUACAGACUUUUUCCAAGAGACGGAUGGAAAGAUCCUCCGGGCGGUGAUGGAUGUUGCUGUUGUUCUGGUACGAGUUCCAUGUCCAGGAGCCAAGGAGGGUUCUCAUCUUGGGAGCGACCUUGAGGAUGAGGAUUUGAGCGAGCAGGAGACCCAAUGGCGAUUGGAAUUGGUCACCCCAAGACGUGCUGUGCGUGCAGAACUUCCAGAAGGAGUUCCAGCUAGCUUGUCACAUCUCCAGCAACCCAUUGACAUUUUGCUGGCGCAGGCUGAUCGCUAUGUGGAAGUCGGUGGCAUGCCAGCCCGCGCUGCUGAAGGACUUAGAGUUCCUGUCCUGGACGCCAACAUUGCCCUGGAUUGCUUGAAGGCAAUGGGACGGUUGCACACGCAGAAAGUUGCCGACCAGGGAAGUGCCAGCCUCACUGAUGGAGACAUCGAGGUGUUGCAGCUUUUGCUGUUGAUCGUGGCCAUGGCAGCUACGAAGAAGCGACAAUUGACUGAAGACGUGCGCAAUUUGCAGAUCGUUCCGACAGAUGGUGGCAAGCUGGUGUGUUUGACCGCUGAAGAGGCCAGGGGUUUCAAAGUCUAUGACGUGCCGCCUGACAUGGUGGGCAUUGAAGCCUUGUUGGGCGCUGCUGGGCAGCGCCUCGAUCCUCGCUUGUCUCAAAAGGCUCGACCAGAGGUUCGAGAGUUCCUGGUACAACUGGGAGUUGAACAAGUUGAUGGCUCGGCCUUCUUUACGAACGUGCUCCUGCCUGUGCUGACCCAGAGCGAAGCGAGUGAAGCAGAGAAACUGAUCUUAGCAACAAGGCAGUUCAAAGAUUUGCUUGGCAUUUGCGACCAAGACAGGAAGGACUCCCUCAUUGAAACGCUGAGUGCGAGUGACGCAGGAUGGUGGGUUUUGGCUUCCUCUGGCACAUCCGAGUGCAAGGCUGUCAAGGUGGGUGGAAAAACUCGCGCAGGGCUUCAUGUGAGUCCACUUCCUGGCAAACUUGUAGACAAAGUGGUGGGAGUUGACUGGUUGGCUCCAUCCUCUGCAUAUUAUGGCGAAGAGGCGGCGGAGAGUGAAGAGGCGUCAUCCUGGGAAGCAUUUUGGAUGCUUCUUGGAGCUGCUCCGGUGUUUCAAGUGGAAGAGCUCCAAGAAGACUUUCGCAGUGAGGAGCUGGUGAGGUUGCUAGCUGCCUCAAGCACUCCACAUCUUGCAGGGGAGGUGGUGGCACUUCUGGCGCCUCAUGGUGAAUACUAUUCGCAGUUCCUCUGGAAACCUGGAAGCCAGAAUGAACCAUCUGAAAUUGCACAGCUCCUUUGCAAGCAACCCUGGCUUCCGACCACAAGAGGAGAAGUUGUACCUAUGAAUCUUGCUUGGCUUCCGGAGAAGCAUGAGGAGGUGGAAGAAAGGUUCAACUUUGAUGCCUCUGUCUCUCCAUUCGCGCAGGCGUGGCCCGCUUUGGGUAUCGAAACUUCUCCUUCACCAUCGACUUUGAUUGCCAUUGUGGAGCACCUGCGCUCGCAGGAACAUCUACUACAACUCACGAUUGCAGAGAUGGCCUCGCUGUACGGCAGAAUGGGUAGACAGGACCCUGAAGCAGAUCAAGGUGGUGCAACACUUGUGGCGGGAAGUCUUAUGGACAAGAUCUUUGGACGGAGAAGCCUGGAACGAUUUCUUGAAGAGGAGAAAUGGGUAUUUGUACCGAAUCACCCCAG